AUGCAUAACUUACAUGCAAGGCUGUAUUCAUGGAAUCCUCUAGGCUCAGUCGCCACGGCCGUUUAUGUACUCUUCAUAUGCCUGCCAGUAAUAGCUCUUCUGAUCAAGGCAGGCCAACAAAGCGAUUUCCUGAGCAGCCUGGUUAGCGAGCAAGCCCUCCUGGCGCUCCGCCUAUCCCUGGUGACCAGCACUAUUAGCAUCGGUAUUGUGAUCCUGGUGGGAACGCCCUUCGCGCGUCUACUGGCGAGGAGUAACUCCCUACCCUUGAAGAUCAUCGACCAGUUGGUUGAGUUGCCGAUCAUUCUGCCACCCGUCGUGGCCGGCGUGGCGAUGCUGCUGGCCUUUGGCAGACAGGGCUUACUCGGUCCUAUCCUCUCGCAGUUGGGGGUGUCUUUACCGUUCACUGCAGCGGCGGUUGUAUUCGCCCAGAUAUUUGUGGCGGCUCCCUUCUAUGUUCGCUCAGCAAAACUCGGUUUCAUGUCGGUGCCCAAGGAGUACGAGGAUAUUUCCCAAACGCUUGGGAUAUCCCCCUGGAGAACCUUUCUACGUAUCACUUUGCCCCUUGCUGCGCCUUCUUUGCUGACAGGAAUUGCUCUCGCCUGGGCGAGGGCUCUUUCAGAGUUUGGAGCAACCAUCAUGUUUGCGGGCAAUUUAACCGGCAAGACCCAAACCUUGCCUCUGGCGAUAAUGACCGCACUGGAGACGAGUCUGGGCACAGCAAUCGCUCUUUCGGUCAUGCUGCUGGCGGGAACAUUGCUGGUGCUGAUUACUUUGACCCUGAUCACGCGGGCCAGAUGGCAGUCAGUCCAGUGA